ACUGCUGCUAGUACAUGCAAGUCAUACAGACCUUAGUGCUCUCUGAAGAGUGUAUUUGACCUCAGGAUGUUGAGGACUUAGAACCCUAUCUUCAGAGCUCCUUCAUCUCUUCUGGUUUAUGUUUGUGGAGGUCAUCAUCACAUUAUCAGGGACAGGUUUCCUUUAAAGUACAGCCUGAGGUUGUUAGAGUUGCUGGGUGGAGAUUCAGUGAAGGAAGAUAAACCAAGUCAAAGAAACACCUGGCGAGUCUUUGAUGAGCUAUUGGGAAAGUCUGAUCAAAUUAUACUUCGUGCAGUUUAUUCCUAAGUGUGAAGGAUUGAACAGGCCAAUGAGUAUUCUCAUCAUUGAGGCAUUUUACGGAGGCUCCCAUCAACAGCUGGUAGACCUGCUCCAGGAAGAAUUAGACAGUUGUGUCCUCUACACCCUUCCUGCAAAGAAAUGGCAUUGGAGAGCACGGACAGCAGCUUUAUCCUUCUCACAGAGUAUUCCCAGCAGCGAGCACUACAGGACCCUUUUUGCAAGCUCAGUACUUAACCUGGCUGAACUAGCUGCCCUUCGGCCUGAUCUGGGAAAACUGAAAAAGAUCUUGUACUUCCAUGAAAACCAGUUGGUAUAUCCUGUCAAGAAAUAUCAGGAGAGAGAUUUUCAAUAUGGAUACAAUCAAAUUCUCUCAUGUUUGGUGGCUGAUGUGGUGGUAUUCAAUUCCAUUUUUAAUAUGGAAUCGUUUCUUACUUCCAUUGGAAAAUUCCUGAAGCUGAUUCCUGAUCACAGACCUAAGGAUCUGGAAAGCAUAAUCAGACCCAAGUGUCAAGUUAUUUAUUUUCCCAUCAGGUUUCCUGAUGUGAGCAGAUUCAUGCCUAAGCACAAAAUAGCCCACUUAAGGAGGAUGCUCAGUCUUAAUGGAAAUGGUGUUGCAGCUCUGCCCGUGAUGCCUCCUUUCCAGCCAGAGCAGAGGGAUUCUAAGAAGUUACUGGAGAAUUUUAAAUCAAAGUCUGAGGAACACCCUGACCUUGGUGCCAGACAGGAAACCCUGGACAAUCCAUCUAUCCAGAAAUCAGGCUUGGAGAAAUCCGGUUUGUCAGAAGAUAAUUCUGGCUCUCUUCCUGUGAGCAACAGUCUAGCUCUUGAUCCCAGCAACCUUUUGUGUGGAGCUCAUGAUCAACAGAGACCAUUGCAUAUCACAUGGCCUCACAGGUGGGAGCACGACAAAGAUCCAGAGAGUUUUUUUAAGGUAUUAAUGCAUCUGAAGAACUUAGGACUCAACUUCCAUGUCUCUGUCCUUGGAGAAACUUUUACGGAUGUCCCAGAUAUAUUUUCAGAAGCCAAAAAGGCCCUGGGAUCUUCAGUCUUACACUGGGGCUACUUACCCUGUAAAGAAGACUAUUUCCGUGUACUGUGCAUGGCUGAUGUUGUCAUCUCAACAGCUAAACAUGAGUUCUUUGGAGUAGCAAUGUUGGAAGCUGUGUACUGUGGCUGCUACCCACUUUGUCCCAAAGACUUGGUUUAUCCUGAAAUAUUUCCAGCUGAGUAUCUGUAUUCCACACCUGAACAGCUUUCAAAGAGGCUCCAGAGUUUCUGCAAGAGACCAGAUAUUAUAAGAAAACAUCUUUAUAAGGGUGAAGUGGCUCCAUUUUCUUGGGCAGCCCUACAUGGCAAAUUCAGGUCUCUGCUCACAACAGAACCCAGGGAAGAUUUGUGACAGAUGGGGCAAAGUCACAAACUUGCAGCCUAAGGCAGAAUCUGAAGAACUUUCCAGAGUGUGCCCAUAUUUACCUGAUCAGAGA